AUGAGCGGAAAGAUUGUCUUCUUCGAGGAGAAAAACUUCCAGGGCCGCUCGUAUGAGUGCAUCAGCGACUGCUCUGAGAUCAGCUCUCACCUGAGGCGGUGCAGCUCCUGCAGGGUGGAGAACGGGACGUUCAUGGUGUAUGACCAGCCCAACUUCACCGGACAGCAGUACCUCCUGACCAGGGGAGAGUAUCCCGAGUAUCAGAAUACCAUCGGCUUCAACGACUGCAUUCAGUCCUGCCGCUUUGUCCCUGUGCACAAGGGGCCUUUUAAGAUGAGGAUCUACGAGAGAACAAACUUUGAAGGCCAGAUGCAUGAACUGACUAAUGACUGUGACUCCAUCCGGGAUCAUUAUCACAUGUCUGACAUGCAGUCCUGCAACGUCACGGACGGGUACUGGCUGAUGUACGAGCAGGCAAACUACGAGGGCAGGAUGCUCUACCUGAAGCCAGGAGAGUACAGGAACCUCAGAGAGAUGAGCGGCGACGACAUGAGGUUCAAUUCCAUCAAACGUAUCACAGAAUCUUAA